AUGGGUGUGCCCUCGAUCUUCGCUGAUGUCGGAUGGUGCCCCAGGGUCUCGCACUGCUGGUGCCCUGGUGCUGCGGAUGCCGAAGAGCAAGCCUCCGUCGCUUCGGGUGCGUUUUUUGCAGGCACAAGGGAUUGGGGAGCUGGUUUCCAGGGUGGUUGCCUACCAUUUGUCUGUCAGGAGCUCUACACCUCCAUCCUGGAGGCCAAUGACUACCAGGAGAGAAGGGUCACGGAGCUGUGCAAGCUGAACAAUGUCGAGGACGACUGCAACGCGAAGCUGGUCGCGAGGCUCCUGACGACCCUAGGCUUGAGGAUACCCACGUCUGCCGAGACGAAAGCAGCCCUUGAGAACGUCGCCAGCGAUCGCAAACUUCUGGGAAAGAAGUGUUCUGAUGCAGCCCGCGAGGCGUGGGCGAAAACCGAGGGGGACUUGCACAGGGCCCUGAUGUCGCACGUCAUGGACCGCAGCCGCCGUAACUCUGACACCAGGACCGGCAGCAAGAACAUGGGCCUUCUCAAGAAGCUGGUGAACACUUUGCAAGAAGAAAAAGAUCAGGAGAGAAAGAUUCCUGUGGAAGACCCCAAUCGGCUGCCGACCAGGGAGUGGGGAGACUUCUCGGAAGGCUCAGGACCCGCUGAGUACUUGGACGACGAGGACAUGGCCGACCACGCUCAGGAGGGCGGUGAAGAAGAGGAGAUGGAUAAUGAUGCAAUCAUUCCGGACCCCGACGACCCUACCGGCUUCCCAAAGACCCCUUGCAAGCCCCAUGCCCCGCCGACGCCGGUGGACAGCGACACCGAGGCAGCUGCAGCCGAAGAAGCCUUAGGAGAAGAAGCCGAAAAGAAUGCCGAUGCCCAGAAGGAUUGCUUCGGGGCGGUUGGAUCGGUUUUAAUCGUGCUCUGGCAGGUGCAGCAGAGGAUCCGGAAUGCCGCCACCUUGUCGGAGGUGCAGACAGACGAGGCAGUGCAAGGGCGAGGCAAUCCACGCGGUCGCGGCCGUGGCCGCCGUGGCCGUGGUCGUGGACGAGGCCUCGCAAGGGGCAGCAAGGACGACCAGGCUGUCAAGGCCGAGGACGACGAUCUCGAUGCAGAGGACGAGAAGGCCACGAAUGAGGUACUUUUGGAGGAGGCGGAGGACAAGCCGAAGAACAAAGCGAAGGCAAAAGCAAAGGGACAAGCGAAGAAGGAGCCGAAGGCGAAAGCAAAGGGACAAGCAAAGAAGGAGCCGAGGGCCCAGGAGAAAGUGGAAACGCCCGCCAGUGUGGAGGAGGACUGUCUGUGGCUUGCAAUGUCCAGUUUUACAAAUAAGCUCGAAUCGAAGCCAACAUCGUCCAGGCAUGCAAGCGAGUCACGUCGCUCAGUGCCUACCAGAAGGACCAAUAAAAAUAAUUUAUAA